AUGGUGGUCACACGCCGCAACGCGAACACUGAGCCCGCGCAGCUUGCUGCAUUGGAGCGAAGUGCUGGCAUCACAAUUUCCCCUCCAGAGCUGCCUCCUGUGACACGCCAGAAGCGCGCCCGGCGCGCGGCUGCCUCAGUCCAGGUCGAGUCCAAGACGCGCUCAGUGACUGAGAUCGCGAACACAUCGCGCGAGGUCACAACCACGUCACGCGCAGCUACUUUCACCACGCCAACCACCGCUACAACAACAACAACUACGUCACGCGUCAGUGUCUCUGCACCUACCGCCGCCAUCCCCACAACUGGCACGAAGCGACGCACGCGAUCGACAAAGGCAGAGACAGCCUCGCCUCUCCGUGCACUGCCGCAGCAGCCUGAGCGCGUUACUCAGAAACGCAAGCGCGUCACCAAGAAGACCGCUAGCGAGACACCAGAGCCUGAGCCAACACCAGUGCGCCACCAGCCUGAGCCUGUGCAAGAUGAGAACAGUGAUGACCAGGGCAUCUUCUUCUCAAAGAGUGAGCCCAAAAUUUCUUCUCCUUCCUCGAGUUUACUAAAAGUCAUUUCUGAAGAUGAGGUCGAUACUCUUCGCAACGAGAAUUUCCAACUCCGAGCACGUAUCGAUCAACUUGAAGACGACAAUGCUCGCCUCAUCACCGAAAACGAUUCUCUUCAACUGAAACUCAUGACCGGUCAGGUCUCAGCUAACCACCGCUACUCAGACUUUGACAUGUAUGGCGCCAUGGAGCCUAUCACUCCUCCGCCAUCACAACCAGAAUUUGUUCAGGGUAGUGAAUCUGCAUUGGCGCUGCUUCACAAAGUGGAGGAAGCGGCCAGACAGUCUGCGGACGUCGUCGUGCCAUCGCCACCAUCAACCCAGGAACGUGAAGAACAACCCAUCUCAGACACUCCCGAAGAAUCCCAAGUCACGCCACAACCCAUAAGCACACCUUCUGGUUUCUUCAGCCGGUCUUUCUCCGCACUCAAAUCUACCUUUGGGUUCUCUUCAUCAACUCCUCAACAACCAUACUCACCCACGCCAUCGCGAGCGCUGCCCCCACCCAACACGUUCACCGAGACUCUAUCUGUUCCGCCAACGCCAGUGGGUGAGCGAGUGAAGACGCCAUCUAAGAAGAAGAAGCGCAACCCAAUGAUUAAGGCGCUCACAAGAGGUGUCCAACCUGAAGAGAUGGCCAAAGCAGAAAAGUGGGCUAGGCAAGUCGCUGCUGACCUCAAGAACGACUCUUCCUCCGGCGACAAGCGCAAGCGACUCGAAACACCUGUUCUCUACAAGGAGCUCAACUACUACCCCUCGUCGAAGCCCUGGGAGACCGGCUUUGGUGAUCCGCUUGGCGACAUGGACUUGGACGACGACGAUGUCGUUCCCACCUGGGCUGUCUAUGCUGACAUGAAAGCGGAAGAGGAAGAGCAUCGCGCGAAGAAACACAAGGCUUCCCACCAAGUGACAAUCGAGGACGACGACAUCGUCUCUUUGGACGAAGCGCAUGCCGCCAACACGGGUGUGCCGUCGCCUCAGAAACUUAUGGACACCCGUGGCCGCUCCGCUUCUCUUUCGGAUUUCCAUCCUCGCCGCUCUACCGAGCCGUCUCCCAUGUUCAAGACUCCAGUUUCACAUCAAGAGGGCGGAAACGUAUUUGACGAACUUCGAGGUCUCGAUGCCGCAGCUCAGGGUUACACGAAUGAUCUGGAAUCACUUCAACGUGCUACCAAGACGGCUGUUCAGGAUCCCGUUCACAAGCCAGUCCACAACCCCUCCCAGGGCUCAUUCAGUGUCCCGGAUUACGACUCCGACGAAGACGACACGACCAUGAACAGCGAGACGCCUAACGCCGAUGCUGAGCCAAUCUGGACGCAGCCACCCCCUCCAGCUCCUGUUCCCGCCCAUGCUCCUUUGCCUGGAGCGGCCGUUGAGCCACCCUCUUCCCCAACCACGUCGCAGCCUGUUGGCGAGAUCGAGCGCCAGCGACAGAGGCUGAUGAAGCACACUCCCGCAAAACCCAGCCGUCUUCGGGAGGCCACUUACCCCUCCCCAAGCCUCAUGUCAGAUGCGGGUAAUGAGUCGAUCAUGGCGGCCACCCCCAUUCAGGUUGUUGAACUCUUUGCCGGCAUGCCAGGAGCGGAGCCACUUGAUCUCGAUGACGACAUCUUGGAAGCUGCCGAGGCAUUCGCAGCUACUGAAGAGUUCCAGAAGCAGCUUGCUGCUACCCGCUGGUCCAGCCCGAUUCUCACCUACGAGUCCGAUGAGGAGGAUAUGAGCUCCGAGUAA